AUGCCACCAAUUCCUCGGCUUGGAUCACUCAAAUCAUUCGGAUCAUCCAGUGGUUCGGGUUCUUUCACCAGUAGCAUUCUCAAUCCCCUCAACCCUAUCAGCCCCUUGAGCCCUAUCAACUCCUUCAAUCUUUCUAGUCCUUUGAACCCUACUUCCGGUUCUCUAAACGAUAAUCCGCCGGAUUCAAACACGCCUUCGUAUCUGGCACCUGGGAACGAGACCAAUGCAGAACCUUCCUCCUACAGUUCUGACACCUGCGGCGGCUUUAAAAAGUUCAACCGCAUGAAAGCGACUUAUGUUACCUAUGGAUUACUUGUCCUGUUUUUUACACCUCUUUUAUGCUGGUGCUUAUACUUAUUGAUUUGCAGUUGCCGAAAGUUAAAGAAGAAUAAACAACAGAUUGCGGAUACAGCGCUAGAUGGGGGAAUAGGUGACACCGAGGCUACAAAUAUUAUCGCCAACAGUAAUGAACAGUCGCCUGCAGACGUGGGAUUUGGGCUUAGCUCCACGGUGGGAGAAGAAGGUGGUGAAAACUUCGAAAGUAAAGUGAAGGGUAUGGAUAUUGAUGAAGAGAUUACUGCCCCGAAAGAAAUCUAUCAACCGAGUAUUCACCGAGGAGGCUUUGAGGGCCACCGUGUACUCUAUCAGUUGGAAAAUAGUACAGAGAACUCAGAAGAGAGUCUACCAGCUUAUACUCCCAGGGCGGAGUAA